AUGCAUUUGGAUUCGCUUACCGAAGAUCUGGAACGUUCUCGUGCCUCCAACCAAAUACCAACAACCGCAGCACCACCAACGACACCAUCGACAAGUGUCAAUUGCGCAAACGGCGGCAGUCCACUCUAUCAGGGUACCGUUAACUCGACAUGCUUCUGUCCUGAGCUGUUCCACGGAAGGGAGUGCAAUUUGGUGAACUGUAUGAAUGGCGGUACACCAUUACCAGGAAAUUUGCAGUGCCAGUGUCCUCCAGGUUUCCAAGGAACCAACUGUGAAAUCGUGACAUGCUCGAGCGAUGUUGGUCAAUAUCUUACUGAUUACAAAACGCUUGUCGUAGUACUCAGAACAACGAAAUCGAUGAGCCAGUAUGUCUCUCAAAUCGUCAACGCCAUUACCGCCGAGGUGGAAAAUAACGCUGUCUUCGAUUACAACGUGUACAAUGGCUACGUGCUGGUGAAAUUCGGCAAUGGCCAGUACGACACGACUUACUAUGCGGGAGGACUAUACCAGAAUUUCCUCAACGACAUCAUGUCUGCCAUCUACACGAAUACCACAGGUGGUUGCGAUGAGGCGACAUUCGAUCCUAUUGCCAGUAUUUUCUUAGAGCCUGUCUAUCCGAAAUCAGCCAUUUAUGUUUUCACGGAUGUUAUCGCUUCUGACUCUGAUGGAUGGCGUAAAGUGGCCGAGUCAAACACGCGAAGGAAGCUGCCGAUCUACAUGAACAUUCUGCCAAACAGUGAUUGCCCAGUGAACGAAUUUUCAGAAGGAUAUCGAGCCCUAGUUCGUGCUUCUGCAUUAGCGGUGGUCUUGUUCAAACUCCGACGUUGCAGUCUCUUGAAAAGAUAUUCGAAUUCACGAUGA